GGCGAUCCGGAGCACGUCCGAGGGGCAGCCCCCGCCAUCCCCCACCACCCGCUGCCCCGCCGACGUAAUCGGCAUUUGCAACCCAACCUUCACAUGCACCUGCAGCUUAGACCUUGCCUAUCCGGCUCCAUGGUGGCUGGGGAUUGCACUCGCAUCUCUACCAGCUCCUCUUUCCUAUUAUCAUGGCUCCCAAUCAACUUCGCAUGACCAUCCGUACACCUUCCACGCUCACCGCCGACGAGUGCGAUCCGAGCCCGCCGCCCGUCGAGAUGAUUCACAACCUACCCCUCCGCCCUCUCCGUCAACAACGACCAACGCCAACCCCGCCAAGCGCCGUCCAGCGCGUUCUCAACAUCCCCGAACUCCUCGAGAUCAUCCUGCUCUACCUCUCACAGAAAGACCUCCUCCUCUCCCAACGCACCUCCCGCGCCUUCCGCCGCACCAUCCAAGCUUCCCCUCGCCUCCAAAAGUCCCUCUUCCUGCUCCCAGACUGGAGGCUCGAAGGCCGCGCGUUCAACGCCUACGCCAAAGACCAGCCAAAUCGUCCGGGUCGAAAACCAGAGAACAAUAGACUCCUCCUGCGAGCGUUUCCCACGAGCUACCCAACCGUCACGCUAGUCAUUGUCAACGACGGUGACGGCGUCGAUUCUACCACGACUAAUCCAAGAGACAGAAGACCCUCCGAACACUGGAGCUGGGACGUGUGUAUUUCAUUCCCCGCCGACCGUGCUCCCAACACCUCCCCGGCCGUCCUCUACCCCGAAGCCUCCUGGCGCCGCAUGUUCCUCUCCCAGCCUCCCUGCACAUCUCUGCACUUGGUCCGGCGAUGGCAGCGGAGCUUGAGCCCGGCAAUUGUACGGGAGGAUGGGAUCAAGAUGGGCGAGUUUGUGGACGAGGCGACCAAGACGAAUUGUGACUGGCACCAGAGUUAUAUCAGCAGUGACCGCGACUGGCACUUUGAGGGCAAUAUCCGCUGCUCUAGUGUGACGGGCGAGGAGGGUGAAGUGUAAGGAGCGCACAAGAGCAGAGGAGUUUACAGCGAGGUUUAGGGAGUAUCUUUUCAGUCGCAAUGGGACUGCGCAGAAUGGCUGG